GACAUAAAGGGAUGUAAUUUACAACCCAAAUGCAUGUGCAUAACCAUUUUCUUUUGAAAACAGUAUGUAAACUGCAGAGCAGUGAUCGUUUUAGAUAUUCUACUGCUGCCAUUAAGUCAUCCGUGAGCAACUCAGCUUUAGUAAUAUUUCAGUAUAUAAUUAUUGCGUGUGUGUGUGUCAUCCCACUUUGGCAGCUAUGAAGUAAAGAGUUUGUUGUCUAGCAAGUUUCUCUCUGCUCCCUAAUUUCAGAUGUAGCAAACCCUGUAAGGCUGCAGUACUCCAGCACUGUACUUACCUGUGCUUUCCAACAGCUGAGCAAACUGGAUGACUGAAGAAGGGUGGUUUUGCGUUUUUAGGAUAGUUCUGAGCUUGAGUAUAGUUUUACUGAUUUGGCAGAUUAGCUUCUUUGGAUGUUGUCGCCAGCGUCAGUGGGCCCCUACUUUGAACUUCAUUCGUACAGUUCUGAGGCGCUUUGUCUAUACCGAAAUGCAAGUUUUGUAAGCGGGGUAAGUUCUCUGGGAGCUUCUGUGGGUGUUUGGUGUAGGUGUGAUGCUUUUGUAGAGAGUGAAAACUUCAAGAGACAAAGACUAAACCUAUCUUUCAAAUGGAGAAUGCUUUUCUGUUGUCCUUGUUUCUUUCUGAUUUAUCAAUCUGUCUUUCUCCUGAGCCGUGCCACGCUGACUCCUUGGUCAUUCAGAAGUGAAGAAAGAUAGACCUAAUUUUGUCAGCCUGAUGCACUGUUACAUUUCCUAAUUUCUGUGCCAAGGGGAUCUGAAAUAUACUAUCAUAGAAGCUAAACAAAUAAUACAUUCAUUUUCCAUUGAAAGUUUCAGUUACUGUAGUGAAUGUUGAAAGUAAAAUAUCUAGGCUAGUAGAAUAGUUUUUAUUUCAACUCAGUAAAAUUUAUUCUUUUUAAUUAGGAGACAGGCAGGUAAAUAAUCUUAAAGUAUUUUCCUCAGGGAAAACCAUUUCUUUUCACAGGGUCUUUUAAAAUUUCUGUUAGGAAGAACCUUCAUAGGAAAGAACAAAUUACUUGCUAAGAAUAAAAUAACACCUGAUGUCUACUAAUGCUUCUCAGAAGUGUAAAAAUCUUACAGAAAGUUGAAACUCUUUCUAGCAAGCGUAACUUUAUGCUGAUAGGAUUCAUAUACCAUAAAUAAUGCACAAAAGUCAAAAUGAAGUUUUGUCGUAUUUCCCCUCAGGGAGGGGAUUUCUGCUUUUUAUGAGCUGUUAAGAAUUAGGUUGUAGGUGCUGGAAAGCAUAGUGGUCUGUACUAUGGAUGUUCGAAGGAUCCUGGGGAUGAAACCGCUGUUAGUAGUCACUUCCUCUCCUCUGCCCCUAAGGAAGAAAAGACCUUUGUCCCAUGAUAUCACAGCUGAGUAUUUCUCUUGAUUUGUAGGAUUCUCUCUUUAGCCACUUUGCUUAUACUCUUAUUGAGCUACAGAGAUACUGAUAUGUAUGACUUUUUCUUGUUCUCAGAUAAGCACGAGGUAAGUCUGUGGUGGUGUGUGAAGUGUCACUGUAGGAGUGGAAGAGCCCCAUUAACCAUUACAGACAAAUGCCCUUUUCUUAUCCCCAGCACACUGGAGAUACUAAGUCCUUGAUGUCCUCAGAAUCCCCUUCAAAGUAAUUCUUAAUACUAUAAAUCAAUGCAGUGUCUUUGUCUCACUGCCCACUUCAAAUAAGCCACUUCUCUGGUGGCCUGUAAGUAACAAUUAACUAAAUAAUGGGAGCAGAAAAUAGGUACAACAAAAGAAGAAACUCCAUAACAGGUUACAUGAGCUACGCUACUUAUGAUUUGAUAUUCUUCAGACUGUCACGCUAUUUUUCUCUGUAUGUCAUAGAUUACAGAAAAUGAUAGUGCACUGGAAGAUGACGACGAAAGCCCUAGCUUAGUUUUCAUCUAAACAUGCAAUUAAUCGUGAUUAAAAAUGAGAAACAGACGCUACCUCAGCACUGUAGCAAGGUACUUCUACUGUUGUGCCUGUAGUGAUUCUCUUCCUUUAAAGUCGCUUCUUUUGAGAAGCUAUUUAAUGCCCAUCUCCCUUUUAUUCUAGUCAACUUAUAUUUGAUUUAUGUCAAAUACCAUAUUUGCCUCUUCCUUUGGAUGGGAAAUGUCUUUGCUCAUAAACUGCUGUGUAUUCUUAAAAUACUUGGUAAGAAGUAAAUAGCAGAAUUAUUUAUGAACUAAGCAAGACAAUAGUCAUUUGUUUUAGCUGUGUUAAGAUUAUAUGUUUAUCAGUGUAUUCACUGAUACAACAUGUGUCUGAAGACUACCUGAGUUGCAUUUUCAAAGGCAUAGAUAAAUCCCUUUUUCCUACCUUGAAUAUGUAAUAGCCAAGUUCAGUUCUUUUGUGCAUUUACUGCAGUGAAAGCUAUGGUGUACUUUGUAUGUAAGUCUACUACGUAAAUCAUGUUUGCCCUUUAUAAGUUAAUUCUGUGAAAGUUGUGAUAUGAAUUCUUAGGAAAUACAUCCAAACCAGGCAUAUAUCUGAGUUGCACUAGUGUGAAUGCUUCUACCAAUGGUAGAAAACAGAAUAAAAAUUUAUUUUCAUGCCUGUUUUUAAGCCAACAUUUUCAAGGUAAGGAGUAGUUUCCAAUAUUCCAGAUUUCUGUUCCAUUUAGUGACAAGAAAUUACAGCUGUACUUACAUGUGUUUGGGCCCUGUAAAUUCUGUUUUCUGUACUUGGGGUUCAAAAUCUGCCACACUUAAACAUUUGCUGUUUAUGCAUUAAUGGAUUUUUCAUUCAAAUAUUAAUGUAUUUUAUAUGCUUGUCUCCUCUUCAUCCCAGGUGUCGUGUCUUACAAACACACUUCAUGUCUGCUUUCUGUAUCUUGAUACUCCCAUAAUGAAGACAUUCUAGUGCUAAGGCACAUUGACAACAUUGUGACGGGAGUAGAAAGUUUGUGUGUACAUUUGUCACAUUAAGGAAAGUGGAGAAACAUGAUUAAAGAUAACAACGAAAUUAUUCCACUAAUGGGCAAGAAAACAAAUCCAUCUGGUAUUCCCCCUUCAAACCAGCAAGAGAAAAAGCCAACUGAAGGCACUCCCACAAAGAAAAGUUCACACUUUUUUCUGGAGAUUGAUGGUUUUGAAAGCAAUGCAACUCCAAAUAAUACGUCUCCCCCUGUGUUUUCAAAACCAAUGGAUUCAAAUAUUCGUCCAUGUGCAUCUGCAAAUGGAGAAGAUAUGGACUCCCCACAGUCUCUUCAGGAUGAUGCAACUGAAUAUAGCCCCAAUGUAGACAGCUGUUGUGCCAACAUAUCACAAGGACCUGAGCAGACUAGUGCCCGGAAGAAGCUGAAAAGAUACAUAUUUCGGGCAGUAUCUGAGGGGAAUAUAGAAGAGUUGCAAUGUCUGCUCGCAGAGCUAAAGGAACGAUCAAACGCGUGUACAAACAUGACUGUGCCAGAUUAUCUGAUGAAAAAAUUCACAGCUUCAGAUACUGGCAAAACUUGUCUGAUGAAAGCUCUGUUGAACAUCAACGAAAACACAAAUCAGAUAGUGAAUGCACUACUGUCCUUUGCAGAAGAAAAUGGUAUUUUGGAGAGAUUUAUCAAUGCAGCAUACACAGAAGAGGCAUAUAAAGGCCAGACAGCUCUAAAUAUUGCCAUUGAAAGAAGACAAUAUGAAAUAACUCAGAGCCUUAUAGAAAAAGGAGCUGAUGUCAAUGCUCACGCCCAGGGUAUUUUCUUUAAUCCCAAACAUAAGCAUGAAGGCUUUUAUUUUGGUGAAACUGCACUGGCGUUAGCUGCAUGUACUAAUCAACCAGACAUAAUUCAACUGUUAAUGGACAAUACCAGGACUAAUAUUACCUCUCAGGAUUCCAGAGGAAACAAUAUCCUCCAUGCAUUAGUUACUGUGGCAGAAGACUUUAAAACCCAGAAUGACUUUGUAAUCAGAAUGUACGAUAUGAUUUUGUUGAAAAGUAAAGACAGAAAUUUAGAAACAACAAAGAAUAAAGAGGGUCUGACACCACUACAAUUAGCUGCAAAAACUGGGAAAUUAGAGAUUCUGAAAUACAUCCUGAGCAGAGAGAUAAGAGAUAAGCCUAACAGGAGCCUGUCAAGAAAAUUCACGGACUGGGCUUAUGGUCCUGUUCAAUCUUCUCUCUAUGAUCUGACAGAACUAGAUACCACCGCAGACAAUUCAGUACUGGAAAUUAUUGUCUAUAAUACGAAUAUUGGUAAUCGUCAUGAAAUGCUGACUUUGGAGCCCCUGAAUUCACUCCUGCGAAUGAAAUGGAAGAAAUUUGCACGACACAUGUUUUUUAUGUCAUGCUGUUUUUAUUUCCUAUACAAUGUAACAUUAACAUUAGUUUCCUACCACAGGCCUAAUGAAAAUGAAGCUCCACCUUAUCCACUAGCUCUGACGCGUGGUGUGGGAUGGCUGCAGUUAUCAGGACAGGUGAUGGUUAUGUUAGGAGCAAUAUUUUUAGCCAUAAAAGAGAGUGUAGCCAUCUUUCUGCUUAGGCCCUCGGACCUGCAGUCAAUUCUUUCUGAUGCGUGGUUCCACUUUGCAUUUUUUAUACAAGCUUUGCUUGUGAUCUUCUCUGUCUUUUUGUACUUGUUUUCCUACAAAGAACACCUCGUGUGUCUUGUUUUGGCAAUGGCCCUAGGAUGGGCUAAUAUGCUUUAUUUCACCAGAGGUUUCCAGUCCAUGGGCAUUUACAGUGUUAUGAUUCAAAAGGUCAUCCUGCAAGAUGUGAUAAAAUUUUUAGUUGUCUAUAUCGUGUUUUUGCUGGGAUUUGGCGUAGCUCUUGCUGCAUUGAUUGAAACUUGCCAAGAUGGCAGCGAAUGCCAUUCCAACAGCAGUCUGGGACCUGUUCUGAUGGAUCUUUUUAAGCUCACCCUAGGACUGGGUGAUCUGGAGAUCCAGCAAAAUUCAAAGUAUCCCGUACUAUUUCUUCUGCUCCUCAUAACUUAUGUUGUGUUGACUUUUGUUCUUCUCUUGAACAUGCUGAUUGCAUUAAUGGGAGAAACAGUAGAAGAUAUUUCUAAAGAAAGUGAGCACAUCUGGAAGCUCCAGAGAGCCAGAACUAUUUUGGAAUUUGAAAAAUUCUUACCAAAAUGUUUGAGGAAAAGAUUCCAACUGGGAGAACGGUGUAAAGUGGCUGAAAAUGAUACCAGGGUGUGUUUAAGGAUUAAUGAAGUGAAAUGGACCGAGUGGAAAACACAUGUUUCAUUUAUUAAUGAAGAUCCAGGGCCAACAGAUCCAAGCAAAAUUCAAGAUAAUUCAAGAACUAAUAGCAAAAAUACCCUGAAUACGUUUGAAGAAACGGAUGAUUUGCCUGAAACUUCUGUUUAGUUGUGCUGUAUUUGAUAUGUGGUUGUUUAGAAGGUUCACAGCAUCAGCAGUGGAUGCUAAAAGUUUUGUUGGUAUUUUGGACAGCUGUAGCCAGCUGGAACACAAACUUUCAGUGAUGUCAUCUGAUGACUUUAACCCAUUUAAUCAGGGCAGCUGAGCUAAAAUAAAAUGGACUAUUUCACUGGUUCACUUUUGAGCCUCUUGAAAACCAUUGAUGUCCAAGUUUGCAUGACACUACUCAAACUUGGCUCUAGACUUUUUACUGGAUAAAAAAGUUCAAAUGUGAGGUAUUUCUUCCUUUUGUGGAAAAUUAAGAUCAUUGUGAUCCCAAUCUGCUGUCUUUUGGAAUCUCUAACUCAUGAGAAACGUUUUGUAGACUGAAAAAAAAGUUCUUGUCGUGGAGAAAAGAAAGGCAUUUCAGUUCUGAAGACUACCAAAUGAAGUAUGUUAUUUUGAAAUAACAAUGUUCUUGGAUACAUUUGAAGCUUUUGUAAUGACUGUCAGUGUUAUUAGAGGCUUGAUCCCGCAAGUUGGAGAAAGCCUCUUCAGGUCUUGUUAGCUUUGCCUGAUCUGUUUUUCUGUGUGUAUUCCCUAGGUUCUAAUGGGGUGUUUACUGCUUUCUGUUUAUUAAUCUGUAUAUGUGCCCUCCCAUAAAGUAAUAGGGCAGCAAUAUAAUUCAUGAUGGAGAGUAUUUGAGUUUGUUCCAGCCACAGAAUCUUUACUUUUCCUACUCAGCUGUGGUAUCUUGCUGCAUAAAAUAAGUUAUCACAUUGGAAGUUCUUCUGGUUUAAAAGUAAUUUAAUUUCUGUAUUAAACCACAGCAGGAAAAUAAGAAGUCAGUAUUUCUUCCCAAAAUGAACAAAGUAAGUUAAAUGCAAUGCAAUUGCAGACUUUUAAAGCCUUUUUUUUAUUCAGAGGACUACAUAAUGCAUUUCUGUAGCACUUGAUAUUUCACUACCUGAUGACCUAGUACUAUGAAUUAUAUUUUUAGUUUUCUAUUUUUUGUGUAUAUAUAAAAGAAUAUCUGUUCUGUGUACUUUAAAAUUUAAUACGUUAUGUGUCUUCAGUGUCAUGGGUUUUCAUCAUAUAUAUUCAUCUGGUGCCUGUUUUAAGGGUGCUGUUUAAGUAAGACUCAGGUGAAUUUUGUUCUGCUUGAACAAUAGUAAGAGUUGCAUUGGAUUCUUACGGCUAAGCCUGAUGGGGGCAAAAUGAUCCAAAAGACUUUCUUAACACAGAAGAGAGCAUGAGGGAGCUCUCCAGCGGAAAGGAUAGUGCAAAGCUAUUUGCAGGAAUGAUGAACAUGGUUCUCGCUACUCAACUGGUCUUCUACAGAUGCUGUAUCCCGUGUUUCCUACCAUGUAUGGCCUGGAUGGAUGGGAUCAAAUUGAAAUCUUCAAUUCAGUUAUGUUUUUACAGGGCAUAGGAAUUUGAGGGGAAGGACGUUUGUGCAUAUCAAUAGACCAAUGUAAUACCUGAGCAUUUUUGGUCGUCUUAGUAGGAUAUGUGAGCAUGAGAAGAAAAAUUCCUGUGGUCUUGGAAUCUUUCAUCUUUGCUGGUUAAUUUUGCAUUGAAACUGCCAACAAAGAAUAUUGCCUUAGGACUCUGCAGUUCCCUUUGGAUUCUUUUGAGUGCCAGUUUUUGGUUGUUUUUUAUUACAUACCUCUUCACAUAUACUCAGGAACCAGAAUAAAUUAGCCUGUGCUGUACUUCAUGUUGCUGUGGGUAGACUUUUCACUGAAAACAAGUUCUGGUAUCUCUGUGCUGCACAGAGGUUACACUGUAGGUGUAGCCAUAAAACAGGGAAGGCACAAAAAUAUGUAAGAAUGUGCCGUGCCAAUGACCAGGUACAAAACUGCAUCAUAAAACUGAGGAAGAAGCUGGGUGUUGUUUCCCAAAGUUCUUCACUGACAAAAUAUCCUCCUUUUGUGGCCACAGCCCUGCCAGAUCACACAUGCUGUCUCCUCUUAAGGCUGUUACCAAGAACACUAUGAAUAAUGACUGGAGCGGACAAUUCUGUACUUUUUAUACAAUGUUUAUUUAAAUUAAAUAAAACUUCUAAUUCAGUAAA